ACAAUAUGUGCGCGAGAUCAGUAGUUUUUUGCAUAAUUUUAAUUAUUUCGACAGUUUUUUGCGAUAACUGUGAGCAAGCUUGUCCUAAAAUAUCAUCACCUGGUGAUUCUUGCUCUUCUAGAUUGCCUAUAAUAAAGGACACAUUUUUCAUCACACUAGGAAAUUAUGGAGGUGACGACAAGUGCGGAAAUUAUUAUCAAAAAAUCUACUACUUCCCAAGAUACCUAAAAGCAACAUGGAUAGAAGCAAAGACAAUUUGUAAAACUUACAACCUUGAACUAGCAUCGUUUAAAACUCUCGAAGAAGCAAAUGCAGUCAUGGACAUGGUCAAAAGAGAUUCAAAUUUAUCAGCAAUAGAUUUUCUUUGGAUAUUCCUUGACGGCAUUGCUUUGACACAAAAGUCACCAACUGAUUGGUAUUGGACUGAGACUGGAGAGAAAGUUAAUUUUUCAAUGCCAUGGCUGCCUGGACAACCUGAUACAGCUGGUAAUGCUGAGUAUUAUUUGAGCAUUGGAAGAUUCAACAAAGAAGGAACUCUUGGAUUUAAUGAUAUUCCUGGACGAGACUUUGUUAAUACUUUUUUGUGUCAAAAAUAUAUUUAAUUGUGAUGCCAAGUAAUAGUUGGUUGAAUUCCUAAGUGCUACACCAACUCACUAUAGAUUACAUUAACCAUAAAGCCUUAACACUUGAUUGAGAAUUUUGAUAAUAAAUCUUUCUGAAAUUCAUCAAAAAAAAA